CUUCUACCUGCAAACAGUGCUUGCCCCAUCUCUAUAUAAGCAUACACCCACAACAAUUCAUUCAACAGAGCCAGCAAUAUUAUUUAACUCAGCCAAGAAAAUAUAGAUAAAGAUUAUUUUGUAUUAUUUGCCUUGUAUUUUUUAUUAUUUUGUGGAUUCCUCCCCCUUAUCUUCUUCUUCUACCUGCCAACUGUGUUUACCCUGUCCAUAUAAAGUAGAUACCCUAAAGAAAUCAUUCAACAGAUCCUCUAACCAUGAUGAGUGAAGAGGAUUACGCAGCUCUGCAACAGAUUGCACUGCAUUUGCUCGGUGAUGAUGACUCCACACCCACUACUCCCUCCGCUACCCUACACCCAGAUUUUGCACAGACUGUCACUGCAUCUGUUGACGGAGAUAAUUUGUCUGACAAUAGACGGACUGUUAGUUCGUCGCCUGAGACUCAGAGACACUACAGAGGAGUGCGUCAAAGGCCGUGGGGAAAAUUUGCUGCAGAGAUUCGGGACUCCAACAGGCAUGGAGCCCGAAUUUGGCUCGGCACUUUUGAAACAGCGGAAGCUGCCGCUGAGGCAUAUGACCGUGCCGCUUUCAAAAUGAGAGGGGCUAAGGCUCUGCUCAAUUUUCCCCUUAACGCCGCUUCCUACGCUGAGUCGGGGUCAGCGUGUGGUCACAUGGAGUCCAACAAGAGAGGCAGAGAAAGUGUUGACGUGGAAGCUCCGCAGCCACGUCGGACACGGCUUAAAAUAGAUGUAAAACGUGGAGAGGAGGAUGUGUUUGGGAAAUUAGAAAAUCUGCCUCCUCUUUCUCCACUCUCCUUCUCUUUCUUUUCCUUCACAAAUUCACCAAUGGUGAACUAGUGGCCACUCUUGUUAAUUAUUUUCUCCAUUCAAUUCAUUUUUUAACCCCUCCUGUUUCCUCCCUCUUAAUGUCAUGCAGAUAAAUAUUCCCCUGCAACAUGCGUAAGUUUUGGUUGAAAUACAGAAUAUAAAGGUUACAUUAUAGAUCCAAGCAUAGAUUCGGGAAAGCGACGGUUCACCGGGCAGUUAAAACUACUCUAAAUUAUAUAUUUUUGUAAAAGAAUAUAUUAGUUAAAUAGAGUUUGAAAAUGACAUGUAAAGAAACUUGUAGUUUAUGGUGGCCAUUCAUUUUUGUUUGGCUUUAAAAUAUUUGAAAUAUACUGAAUGGUCUCGGCCUGUUUUUGUCUUUUA